GGUGUACAGUAUAAAACGAUCUGCGAACUAAUAGCUUGUAUCAUUCACUACUUGCGUUCGCUGUAAGAAAGAACCCGUCUUGAAAAAAAACUAAUAAUUCCAAAAAUGGCAUUCAAGUUUGUAUUCGCACUCGCUUUCGUCGCUGUUGCCAGCGCUGGCUAUAUACCCGCUGCUCCAGUAUACCACGCCGCACCAGGCGUUGCCGUGCACGCAGCACCUGUGGCUGUAGCCCAAAAGGUUGUUGUGAAAUCCGAGGAAUACGAUCCUCAUCCUCAAUACAAAUUCUCUUAUGGCGUUGAUGACAAACUCACUGGCGAUUCCAAGAGCCAAGUGGAGGAACGUGAUGGUGAUGUGGUUCGUGGUGAAUACUCUCUGAUUGAUGCUGACGGUUACAAACGCACUGUUCAGUACACUGCUGAUCCCAUCAAUGGUUUCAACGCCGUCGUGAACCGUGAACCUCUCGUUAAAGCUGUUGCCGUCGCUCCAGUUGUAAAGACUGUUGCUCCAGUUGCCCACUACGCCGCUCCAGUCGCUCACUACGCUGCUCCAGUUGCCCACUACUCAGCCCCUGCUGUGGUCAAAACUGUUGCUCCCGUAGCUCACUAUGCCGCUCCAGCUGCUCAUUACACAUCCUACGCCGCUCCUGCUGUAGUGAAAUACCACCAUUGAAGAUUUGGCGAUUCAUACAUACAUAAAUUAUAGACUAUUUUAGCAGAUGUUGUUUUUAUUUAUGAAAAAUCCGAUUGUUUCCGAUAUUAAAUGAUAAUUUAAAACUAAUUAACACUGGUGUU